AUGGCAUCUACAACUCAUCAAAUACACGUCAAAGAUGAUCAUAUGAUAAAACUUGUCAGUUUUCUCCAGGAGCAUAGCAACCUCGCACGAGCACAUCCAAAUCAAGCAACAACAUCUGGCAUCUUCCCGUCCCUUGUCCAAGGGUGUUUCAGCCAAACUGGUUCGAAUGAUGAGAAAUCAUCAGAAGAUUUAUGGGUGACCUUUGUUAAAGCAUACCAGCAAGACGAUACCACGAGCAGAAGAGAGGAUAAAAAGGUUCCUCCAGAGAUCUCGACCUUUAUACGCCAAUGCACUGCGCUCGCUAUUCCGCGAGGGCUGUUCUACGCCCCACAGCCGUCGCCUGCUACAGUCGGAGCCGGAGACGAGAUCAAGGGGCCAUCUGUUACACGUGUUUCUCCAAAGAAGUUGCACGAAGUCUCGACCAUGUCUGCCUACAUCGCCGCUACAUUUUCUUCCUGCCACCCGUCGCCUGCUUCCGAACAGCCCGAGAGACCCUCUUUCGAUGCAUCAAAAAAUAAAAAUAAUCUGGAUACUUCACAAGCAGACAAUUGGGCUCGUAAAGGAAGUAGAAGACCGUACAUUGUCGACGUUGGUGCAGGUCAGGGUUAUCUCUCACGUGCACUUGCCGCGUAUGGCUUUCACGUCCUCGCCCUCGAUAGGGAUGAGAACCAGACCAAAGGUUCACUGGCUCGUACGGAUUGGUUGGACUCUACAACAGCUGCUGUGGGGGAGAGAAGAAAGGAGCGUUCAAAAGGACGAGAAUCUGAUGAGCCGAAGGAGGUGACGAACGAGCAAGGUUCAAAGACCACAGACAUCGACGCAACGACCACAAGUGCAAAACGCGAUACCAUAGAAAUCGGGAAAGGCAAAGAAGAAGACUUAAAAGGGAGCGUAUCAAAUCGGACUGUGUUCAUCGACGACGCGGAUGCAUUGACAAAUACAAUCAAUGAAUGGAUUCAAGAACACGAUCGAUCACAAACAUUGCUUCCCCAACAUGGUGGACUAUUUCCAAUCGUUGUCGUCGGUUUACACGCAUGUGGAGACCUGACUCCCGCUAUUCUCAGCUUUAUUCGCCGUCAGCUCUCACCUUCUCAGUCAAAUUCAAGUACAAAGCUGUUCGAACUGGUAGGGUGCGUCGUUGUGGGAUGUUGCUACAACAUGAUGACAACCUCGAGUUUCCCGCUCUCCAACAAACUCGCCAGCGAACUCUCGAUAUGCAGAAAUGCAGAUGGAGCUAGAGCUGACGCAGAACCCUUCAGACUUGACACGCAACAUCUGCAUCUGGCUGCACAGGCACCAAAGACGUGGUCCCUUGAAACACCUCCAGCUCCUGAGAGGGCAAAUUUGCCCUUUGAGAUCCCAUCUUCGACAGCGUUAUCGAUGCGUAAAAUUGCCUAUCGUGCUCUCCUCGCCCGCAGGCUACCUGUGGCAUAUCGGGCGGAAACGCAGUCCAAGUCCGACAGUGUGGCGACCGCGGACAGAGUGACUAGAGUGGGAGAAGAGUGGCCACCAAAUCUUGACGAUGUCGACUGGCGUACGCGACGGAUCGGUAGACUUGCGACGUCUGUAUACAAGGACUUUCCAACUUUUCUCAAAGCAGCACGAAUCAAGCUCGGAAUUGCACAACAACACACUUUCUCAUCGGUAACAAACGGGGUCCAACCUUUACUCCUGACACGAGAGGGAGAUAUGGAAUCGGAUUUAUGCCCAUACGAGACAGAGCUGGUGCAGAAGAUCCAAGUGUUCCAAGUGCUGCGGUGCUUUUUGGGACCACUUGUCGAGAGUCUACUUGUGCUCGAUCGAUAUUGGUUCCUCUUUGAGGCUGUCCAUUCAGCUUUGUCCGAGCAGCCAAGCGAAACCCUAUCUGGAAGAAAGGAGAAUGUACAGCUGAUCAACUUGUUUGACCAAUCGACGGGAAGUCUCAGAAACACGGCGCUCGUGUGGAAAGUAUAG